UAUAAAUCUAACGAUGAACGUUCUUGCUAACAACAGUGAUCGUCAGUUUCUGUGGAUGAUGGCUUCAGUUUCUGAUGGCAGUAAGCUGACUGUUGCCUGUGGGAAGACGAUACCACCAGAUGGAGCUUCUUCUACACAGUCGACUAAAAGCCGCCUGUCGAUUCAUACGAGUUCACACAAUUACAUGACCAGUUCUUACUCAAAAGCAACAUCACAUUAUCCCAGGGCUACCAGGACAACAGACAUAUGGACAUCGUCGACAGGGUCGAUGACCACAACAGCAACUGGGUUAUUUGGGUCAGUUUCAAGCAAAGGGUAUGAAGAAAGCACGCUAAUGCAUUUGAACUCUGAUUCAUCUUCUGGAUUACAAUUCACCACGUCUUCCUCGUUAUUACUCACAACAUUAAGGUCGACUACUGGUUGCAGGCACAACAGUCCCAUUGCCGCCCACGAAAAGAUCGUCUUCACUUCCACAAACGUAUCCAUCUUCACCGUCUAUGACAGGAACACUAUCGCCGCCACUGACACACUCGACCACAGGAGGAAUACAUUCUGCAGGACAUACAUCAUUCUCGACACGCCCAAGUCAAAGGUUGUCUUCGUCCUUGUUUGAAGCAUCAUUAUCUUCAAGCGUCACACCAUUUCAUCUCAUGAAGACAACAAAACAAACUUCACAUCCAGUGACGGUGUCAUCCUCACGACAGUCUGCAAGGAGUUCACCUUCAUCAUCAACAUCAAGGGUUCAGACAGUUCCGCCUUCAAACGUGCCAU